GAUGGCAAACACUCAGAAAUCUAACGACACUCCACCAGGAUACUAUGAAAACUCUGGAUUCUCACCUGCAUCUGGAUAUCCACCACAACCUGGAUAUCCACCACAACCUGGAUAUCCACCACAACCGGGAUAUCCACCACAACCUGGAUAUACCCCAGGAUAUGGUUACCCUCCAGUGCAACAACAACCACAACAACAACAACAACAACAACAAACUAUUAUUCAGAUAAACCAAGGAAGACAAGAACCUCAAAAAAAUCAAAUGUUUGCGGCAAUUUUUGUCACCCUGUGCUGCUUCCUUCCGACUGGCAUUGUGGCGAUAGUAUACGCAGACAAAGCAAACUCAAUGGCCCGAAAUGGAGAUACAGCGUGUGCAAUGGAAGCUAACAACCAAGCAAGAAAAUUUAUCAAAAUAUCAAUUCUUGUUGGUACCAUUAUAGUUAUCCUUUAUACUGUACUGAUAGCUUUAAGAGUUACUCAACAAACAACAGUUUACUACAAUUAGUACUCUUGUCCAUAACUGAAAGAAGGCAUUAGAAAAUUCAGAAGAUUCAUAUUUAAUGAAGUGUUUUCAAUUUUGCUUUAUCUCAUGUUUAAGUCUAAUCAUAUAAAAUACUCUUAGAAUUAUUGUUUAGAUACAGCGAGAGCUCCAAUCAACAUGCAUUUUAUAACACUGGUCAACACAUAUGUUCUGGCACAAGGUUUAUCAAUUAUUUUUAGCAAAUUUUGGCCUUCUGAAUCCAGAUCUGGCAUCAUAUUUUGUCUACAACAUCAGAGUUUUGAAACAUGAAAUCUUUUAGUUUUGCUAUAAACAGCUAUUCAAUACUUAUAAUGGAAGAAUUAAACUUACGCAAAUGCAAUUUUUAAUAUACAAUAUGUCCUUUUUCAAAUCUAAUAAAUCAAAACACAAAGGCGGCGAGCUGGCAGAAACGUUAGCACGCCGGGCGAAAUGCGAGGCAGUAUUUCGUCUGCCGCUACGUUCUGAGUUCAAAUUCCGCCGAGGUCGACUUUGCCUUUCAUCCUUUCGGGGGCG